AUGGGAGAAGAUGAAGGUUAUAAAGAAGCGAGAAGGCUGCUAAAGGAAAGAUUUGGACAAGACUAUAGAGUUGCUGCUGCACACGUACAGGGGCUUAUAAACGGACCACAAAUUAAGAACGAAGAUGGGAUCGCCCUACAACAGUUUUCGGUGCAAUUGACAAGUUGUACAAACACUCUGGAAAAGAUCGGAUACUUGGACAGAUUGAACAACUCCGAUAAUCUAAAGAAAUUAAUCGACCGAUUGCCUUAUCCAAUGAGGAUCAAAUGGCGAGACAACGUUGAUCGAAUCGUGGAAAGAGAAGCCAGAGAUGUCAGUAUUAAGGACGUAAAUGACUUUGUCACCGCAAAGGCAAGAGCUACGACCCAUCCCAUCUUCGGGAAGAUUUCCACCGCCGAGAAGGCACCGAAAUUCCAGAAUCCGAAGAUGAGAAGAAAUGGAGGAGCCGCAGGGUUUUCGAGUCAGACUACCAAACAAACGCUGAAGUGUCCGCUUUGUGGGUCAAACCAUUGGUUAUCUCGCUGCGACAAAUUCCGAAAGCAAUCGCUGGAGGAACGACAAAAAUUCGUGAAAGAAAAGAAGCUCUGUAACAAUUGUCUCUCAACUGGUCACUUCGUUCGUUCUUGCACCAAACAAAGCUUCUGUAAGGUGCAAGGUUGUACCGGAACCCAUUCAACAUUCCUCCACCCAAAACUCGCUGAGGACAAGCGUGAAAGCGAAGACUCGAAGAGAAACGAGAAUAAAAGGAUUCCAGAAGAUCAAGGUAUUAAAGACGCCUCAGAUGGAGCAACCAACGGUUACGUAAAGUCACGGAUCCCAAAAUACAACUCUGUGACAGGUCUCGCGGUCGUUCCAGUCAAGGUGAAAGUAGCCGGGAGUUCUAGGACAGUAGAAACAUAUGCAUUUCUAGAUUCGGGAUCCAACACCACGUUUUGUACAGACACCCUGUUGAAGAGACUCGGCGCGAAAGGGAAAAAGACAAAAUUAACGCUCACGACAAUACAAGGCGAAAAUGAACCAAUCGAAUGCUCCUUUGUCAGUUUGGAAGUCUCCAAUAUGGAAGGAAACGCCGACAUCAAGCUACCCAUGGUGUAUUCGAGACCCAGCUUACCGAUCCCAUCUGAAGCGAUUGGUAAACAAGAAGACGUCGACAGGUGGCCCCACCUGAGCGGAGUCAAAAUUGCCACGAUCGCCCAGGACGUAGGUCUGCUAAUUGGAAGCGACGUUCCCUCAGCGUUACAGCCUAUUGAAGUAAGAGAAAGCAACGGCGAAGGACCAUUUGCAACUCGAACAGCUCUCGGAUGGACAUUGAACGGUCCAUUGGGAAGAGAAUCAACAAAAACUCCAACUGUGAAUUCAAUACAAGCUGACAGCAAACUAGAUCGACAAUUUGAACGUUUUUGUAACCUCGAGUUUAACGAUAACCAGUACGAUCCAAACCCAACGAUGUCUCGAAAUGAUCUGAAAGCCUUGAGAUCAUGGAUGAAACUGCGAAGUUAG